CGGUUUCGCAAAACAUGAUGGCACCGCCGCCUUUCGACGCCCGUGGCACAACAGAAGGAGACGCGACGGAGUGCCACAUAUGCCACAGUCCAUGUCGAAUGAUCGCGAAGUUUUGUCCGCACUGCGGAGCCAAGAUGUCCAGCAUUUUCCUCGCAGCAAAACGUAAGCUCCCUGCUCUAGGUUGCUUCACCAAACGCCAGCCAGUGCCCAUGCCAGCGCCACAGUCGGUCUUGCUGGACAAAACACCUCCAAGAAAGCCAACUGUACGAACCCUGAAGCGCCGCAUACCGGUGAAAGCCAUGCCUCCUGGCUCGAACCAACAACUUCACAUGAACGGUCCAACGCCUUCGAAGGCGGCGAUGGCAUACCAAGCGCUAGUUUCAUCGGCAGUUCCUGCUGCCGCUACCUCUCUUCCACGCCUUCAUCACCCAUCACCAGUUGUGCCGUCGACGCUUCCCCAUGACGUAGAUGCUCGGCUACAAGCGUGGAUCAAUCGGCUGCAAAAUCUGCAUGCUGCUGUGAUUGUGUAUAAACCGUCGACGCCGCAUCCGUCGCAGAAAAUGCUCACAGCCACUGCGAAAGCCAAGCUAGUUCGUCAAUUCGCAACCUUAAAGGACGACUGGGUCGCCCUGGACUUGGACAUGCACUCCACGGUCGCCACUCGGAGUCUGGCGCUGUGGACCCGCUCCAGCAGCAUCCUCGCAGACAUUCCGUCACAGCCGCCUGCUGCGACCGUCGACGACGCCCAAGUGUCGAUCAAAGUGGAAGGUUCGGUCAUGUAUUUCAAAAGCAGGCGGUCGCCGGCCCCCGCCGUCGAAAAUGGCGACGCAGGCAGAUCGUCUCCUCUACAUGUACCCCCCAAGGCAGCUUUUGAGCCCGGUCGUCCGUCCACGGCAUUGGAACCACCACUUUUCCAUGCAACGACCCCACAGUUGAGCCCACGAUUGUCUGUAACGAAAUGCCGCCAUUUCCUGCACUCGAGGCCCUCGCACUUGUUUACACAAGUGUACUUUGUCCAUGGCGCACCUGGACCGACCAUCGUCUCUGUGGACGGGGGAAACGAAGGCGACCUCCUCACCUUUCGAGCGUAUUGCCCCCGCACCUGCCAAGCCAGCCUCGUCCAAGUAGCCACCUCCGUCAUCUUGCAAAUGAUUCCCCAACUCCACGCCCCACUGUACUUUCGACACCAGCUACCUCCAAACUGCCGGUACGCGCUGAGUCACUGGGUGUCGUGGUGCAGUCCCGUCCUUCGUUGUCUUCGCUGGAAGGACCAUGCAUUGACACUGCGGUACCCGUGUGUGUUUCGCAGCAGCAACGUGCUACAGUACAAAGGCGUGUGCUUCUUUCGAUGUUUGCUUCAAGUGCAUGUCAUGGGCGAUUUCAGCAUCGAGGUGUCGGCUGUGGACGUCGCAAGUGACCGCGUUUUCCACACGCAUGUGACACUGUCGUUGCUGCUAGUGCAUUCUCCGACGUACCUCGACCAUGUUGCGACACGGUGGUGUCAGUGGGGGUCGGGCCUCUUGGCGUCGCUCGUGCGCCAGCUGUGGCUCGAGUACACGACGAAGGGGUUCGAGCUGCUCGUGGCGGGCCAGACUCCCGUCGGUCGAGUCCUCCCGCACCCGCUGCUCAAGAUGUCGGACGCCGACUGGCUCGUGUUUCUCCACCUCGAGCGCGAACGGCUAGCGAUCGUCCGAUCCGACUGCGUCCGGCUAGCCGCGUCCGUGGCCCUCCGAAAGCACACGUGUCGACAGGAGCAAGAGCAGAAGCGACGCAUUGACCGCCGCCGCCACCACGCGGCAACCACCGUCCAGCGCGUCUUUCGCGGGUAUGUUGGCCGCAUCAAGUUCCACCAAGUCGUGUACGACGAUGCGUUGGCCCAUCGCACCCUUGGCGCCAUGCCCGGUACGCCCCUCACAUCCCGACGCCGUUGCGAUUUGGUUCGACGUGGAUGGUUCCAAGAUCCCAGGACGCUGAUGGCCUUUGGCUUCAGCUCUUCGCACCCAGUGGCAGCUGUGCAGUGUCCCCAUUGGAUUGUCACUCAUCACGACAUGCAUCGCCACGUUCUCAACGACAGCCACCGCUUAAUUCGACAAGCGAUUGCUGCCCAAUGCAUCCAAUCCCACGUCCGACGGUGGCUCGCCCACCGAUGGUACCGAACGCUGCACCGCGGUGUGGUGAGCUUCCAGUUCCAAGUCCGCAGUACGCUGCGCCGGCGGUAUCGUCGACUUCAUCGGGCGACGCACGGUCUGUCGUUUGCAUUCGCGAGGCGGAUUCGCCACACGUGGUUGUUGCUGCGCAUCCGCCUCCGUCCGCCACAUCAUGACGAGAUCGACUGGGUCGUGGAGCUGACAGGCCUUCAUCCUGACUCUGGUGUCGCCGCCAGCCAACGGAUUCCGAUGGCGCGGCUGACGGCCAAUGGAACGUUUGAGCGCGACGAGUGGCGAGGCAUGAAGAACUAUGACGUGGCGACUCGCAUUGUCGACACGACAGAUCUGUUUUAUUCGGCACAGAGCCACCUCAUGACGUUUGCGGUCGGGCCAUCGAAAACCACGGCGUGGCAAGGAAUCUCACGAUAACGUUAAGCUCGAGAACAACAGAGGAAGCCUCGUCAGACAAGGCGACUCGAUGUUGGAUCUACCUACCACCGUGAGGCAGGAUUGGUUGGUUAAACAACCCGUUGGUCAUACCCAUAUGUGUUAGAACCAACACGAGCAACUCCAUCACGCACGCCACAUCCAUCCAGUCCAUCGUUGGUGGUGGUCGGCCGUCAAACCUUCGAGUCCACAGCAACCAAACUUGACGAAAUCAUUUCGAAAAGCGACCGAUGGUGUGAGUUUGCUGUUGUCCGUCUGGGCUCAUAUUUAACGAGUUUUGUGCCAUGAUGUCUCCAUUUCAGUGGUGCUAUUAACGUUAUAAUACUACCGCACUCGUGACGAA